AUGAUGCAGUUUUUCCUGUUACUCCUCCUAGCCAGUUCCAAUGCUGCUGUUCCCCUGGAAAACUUGGGUCAAGAUGACAUCCUCACAAUGCCUUCCGAAAGCCUUACAACAGCACCAAGUUCAACAGAAGCAAAGUCUCGGUUUGCCAUGUUAGACGAUGUGCGUCUUCUUGCAAAUGGCCUCCUUCAGCUGGGCCAGAGCUUACGGGAGUUUGUCCACAAGACCAAGAAUCAAAUCAACGACAUCUUCCAAAAACUGAAUAUUUUUGACAGGUCAUUUUACCAGCUUUCAGUGGUCACUUCAGAAAUCAAGGAGGAAGAAGAAGAACUGAAGAGGACAACCAGUGUAUUGAAGACAAACAAUGAGGAGAUAAAAAACCUGUCUCUGGAAAUCAAUUCUAAGAUAAAUAACAUUGUGGAGGAGCGUGCACAGCUCCAGGGCAAGGUAGGAAGUCUUGAGGAGAGGUUGAAGGGAUUGUCAGAGCAUAUGCUCCCUGGUGACCAACUCAAAGAGAUUACAGCACUCAAGGAGGUGAUUGAAAGUCAGGAGAAAACAAUCACAAGUUUAAUGAAAGCUGUGCAGGAGCAGCAUGCACAGCUUGACCAUCAGAAAAUCAAAAUCAAGAAUAUGGAGGAAAAGCUUAACUAUGAGAGUUUACAAGACACAUCUGAUAAGACAACGGAUUCAGAAACUACAGCUCUAGAUGUGUUUGAAUAUCAGACAAGAAACUCAUCUGAUUUGAAUGAAAAUGAUUUGCCUAUCGAUUGCACUGAGUUAUUUGAAAGAAAAGAGAACAGGAGUGGAAUCUAUAUCAUCGAGCCAAAAGAAUCUGAGCCUUUCAGUGUUUACUGUGAAAUGGGUUCUGAUGGUGGUUCAACUGUGAUCCAACGUAGGGUUGAUGGAUCAGUGGAUUUUGAUCAGACAUGGGAUGAGUAUGAGAAGGGCUUUGGAAAUCUGGGAAAGGACUUCUGGUUGGGACUGAAGAAAAUCCAUAGCAUUACACAACAACGAUUAUACAUCUUGAGAAUUGAUCUGGAAGAAUGGAAGGAGGAUAAACAUUGGGCUGAAUACCACUUCUCGCUAGAUGGUCCCUCUGAGUACUAUACACUCCAUCUUAGCAACUUCUCCAGUGACCUGGUUGAUGCUAUGGCCAACACUUCUAGGAUAAGAUUCUCCACCAAAGACCAAAAUAAUGGGACUCCAGAAGCCUCUAACUGUGCACGCAAUUACACAGGUGGUUGGUGGUUUACUGGGUGUGGAGAAAACAACCUUAAUGGAAGGUAUCUAUGGGUUAGAGCUAAAGGACGUUCUGGUAGAAGAAGGGGCCUUCACUGGAAACCUGGAAAUGGGACAGCAUAUUCCCUCAAGAUGACCAAAUUCUCCAUACGACCAGCCAUAGCUGGUGAAAGUUUUAAAUGAAACUGAUAUUAAUACCAUCUUAGACAACACGACUAUCUGUUUUCAUAUAACACUCACGCAACAUAACAUAUACACUCAUCUAUGACACUACAAUUUUGUUGUGAAAGAACAUUUUUUGUAAAACAAAAUACUACCAUGAUGAAAUAAUGCAACAAUACAGUAAAGGUCAACAACCGAUUCGGUAUGAUGAAGCUGGGCAUUAGUACAAUCAUUACACAACAGUCGCUUGCACAGUCUGGAACAAUUAGGUAGUUGAAGACAAACAAAAAGGACUGGUGGAAAAGUAAUUCCCAAUGGAGCCUUGCUCAGCUAAUCGUUUUAGUAAACAUAAAGGCUCGAGUUGACUUUAGCAUGUUUCCAGUGGC